AUGGUAAGCUCUAAUUGUUCCACUGAGGACUCCUUUAAAUAUACUUUAUAUGGGUGUAUCUUUAGUAUGGUGUUUGUUCUUGGCCUCAUAGCAAACUGUGUUGCUAUCUACAUUUUCACUUGUACAUUAAAAGUGCAAAAUGAGACUACAACUUACAUGCUUAAUUUAGCAAUAUCGGAUCUGCUUUUUGUGUUUACAUUACCCUUCAGGAUUUAUUACUUUGUAGCGAGAAACUGGCCAUUUGGAGACAUUCUCUGCAAGAUUUCUGUCACCCUCUUUUAUACAAAUAUGUAUGGGAGCAUUUUAUUUCUGACCUGCAUAAGCGUAGACCGCUUUUUAGCUAUAGUACACCCCUUUCAAUCUAAGACUCUCCGAACCAAAAGGAACGCAAAAAUUGUCUGCGCUGCAGUAUGGAUAACCGUGUUAGCAGGCAGCACACCAGCAAGCUUUUUCCAGUCUACUAACCGCCGUAAUAAUACUGAACAAAGAACGUGUUUUGAAAACUUUUCAGAGGACACAUGGAAAACCUACCUAUCCCGGAUUGUUAUCUUCAUUGAAAUAGUUGGGUUUUUUAUUCCACUCAUCUUGAACAUGACCUGCUCUACUAUGGUCUUACGGACUUUGAAUAAACCGCUUACAUUAAGUCGGAAUAAAUUAAGCAAGAAAAAGGUACUCAAAAUGAUUUUUGUCCAUUUGGUGAUAUUCUGCUUCUGCUUUGUGCCUUAUAACGUUACCUUAAUACUUUACUCCCUUAUGAGAACACAGACCUGGAUUAAUUGUUCAGUGGUAACUGCAGUCAGGACUAUGUACCCCAUCACUCUGUGCAUUGCCGUUUCAAACUGCUGUUUUGACCCUAUAGUCUAUUACUUUACAUCAGAUACAAUUCAAAAUUCAAUAAAAAAGAACCGGUCCACUAGACCACGGGACAUCAGAUUCUCCGAAAGGCCAGUUUCGGAAAACUUCAUUCAACACAGCCUUCAGACCAUAAAAAUGAAAAUAUUUGACAGUGACUCUACAAUAUAA